ACGCCGGUUCUUCGAACGGUUAUCAUUCCUGUGGUAUUAUCAGUUCCGAUAGUUGCAGUUGCAUUACUAUUUGCCAUCAACAGCAUUUAUUAUAAUAACAAUUCAUCCCGCAAGGAAAGUUGAAUAUGAUUUUAGCACGGUUCGGAUCAUUUUCUAAGGCUCUUAUCUCUAACUAUAUCUUGGCCUCGCCACGCUACAGGGUAAUAACACCGGCUGCAACCAUGUCCAGUCAGAGUCAAACGAGCAAAUAUGAAGCUGGCCUUCACUCAAUCGCCUACGUGACUACACCGAACGAUACUUCGGCGAAGGAACUGGCCCAUAAACUGGUAGAACGCAAACUGGCCGCCUGCGUGAACAUCAUCCCGGGACUAACGUCUAUCUAUGAAUGGGAAGGUAAGAUCAACGAGGACCACGAGGUGCUGCUGAUGAUCAAAACCCGGACGGAGCGUGUCGAUGAGCUGAGCAAAUUUGUGCGCGAAAAUCAUCCGUACAGCGUGGCGGAAGUCAUAACGGUGCCGAUAGCAAACGGCAACCCACCGUACCUGGAUUGGUUGAGCCGAACCGUUCCGGAAGGUAAAAAGUAAAGGCAGGCAGAAGUGCUGAUGGAAUGGAAACUUAUAAUAUAGGCCUGAAGAUUUGUGUUUCGUUAAAGCUUUUUA